CAACGUAUGGGUGUGAACAAGAAUAAUUUUCGAAGAAUUGCUGACAACGUCACUGCCCGAACUUUUGACGACAGAUACAUCUCUGUCUAUUACUGUUUUGAAGUUCGUCCUCAGUGCAGGUCAACAGAUUCAAAACUGCUUCAAGAGCCAUGGCCGCUUUCCUUCACCACUGCCCCUUCCUGAAGUCGGCCCCCAAGCCUGUUUUGCUGAAAACUGGGGCCGCACUCCUCUCUAUGGCCGACCGAUGCCCCAUGAUCGUCCGCCAGAUCACUGUUUGUGCCUCAAUCCCCAAGGAGAGGAAGACGACCAUCCAUUCUACCCAGUCAGCAGGCAUCCUGCCCCUGAGUGUGGACUCAAAGCGUCAUUUUGCCCAAUCAGCAACCCAGGUGGCUGUCUCCAUGUCCAAGGGAUGUCCCUUUGUCUCCAAUCAGAUUGGCAUGGUAAGAGCGAGCCCUGAGGUUCAGGAGGACGUCCCGACGGAGUCUAACCCAGGUAUGAAAAGAUCUCUUUUGAAGGAACUCGAGGACUCCGUCAUGCCGAAGGUCCAAACCCCCAGAGUGUCCCACCUCCUGAAGGACAAUAUAGUGGGCCCCAGUUUCGACUACGAUGGCUUCUUCGACAGGACGAUCUCUGAGAAGAAGAACGACCACACCUACCGCAUCUUUAAGACAGUGAAUCGGCGAGCUGACGUCUUUCCCUUUGCCGAAGACUACUCCAUGGCCGGGCGGGAAGGCUCCCAGGUGUCUGUCUGGUGCAGUAACGACUACCUGGGCAUGGGUAGCCACCCCCGGGUCCUCAACGGAAUUCAGGAUGCCCUGAAGAGGCAUGGCGCAGGUGCCGGAGGUACCAGGAACAUCUCUGGCACCAGUAACUUCCAUGUGCUGCUGGAAAAAGAACUGUCCCAGCUCCACCAGAAAGACGGAGCUUUGGUCUUCUCAUCCUGCUUCGUUGCCAACGACUCCACCCUCUUCACCCUGGCCAAAAUGCUGCCAGGCUGUGAGAUAUACUCUGACAUGGGGAACCACGCUUCAAUGAUCCAGGGCAUAAGGAACAGCGGCGCCAAACGCUUCAUCUUCCGCCAUAAUGACAGCCAACACCUGGAGGAACUGCUGAGUGGCUCCGACCCCAAGACACCCAAAAUCGUGGCCUUUGAGACCGUGCACUCCAUGGAUGGUGCUAUAUGUCCCCUGGAGGAGCUAUGUGAUGUGGCCCAUCGCUAUGGGGCCUUGACGUUUGUUGAUGAGGUCCAUGCUGUGGGCCUGUAUGGAGCCCACGGGGCCGGUGUGGGAGAGAGAGACAACAUCAUGCACAAGAUUGACAUUGUCUCUGGAACCUUGGCUUGUCACAGAGCUAGGGAAAUGCCCCUCACAGCAGAGAGAGAUUUGAUUGAGCCAAGUAAAGCCUUUGGCUGCGUGGGGGGCUACAUUGCCAGUAGCGCUUCCCUGGUGGACACGGUGCGUUCCUUCGCUGCAGGUUUCAUCUUCACUACUUCGCUGCCCCCCAUGGUGCUGGCUGGGGCCCUGGAGUCUGUGAGAGUCCUGAAGAGCUCCGAGGGCCAGGCGCUGCGCAGGGCCCACCAGAGGAAUGUCAAACACAUGAGACAGCUGCUCCUGGAGAAGGGACUGCCUGUGGUCAACUGCCCCAGCCACAUCAUCCCAAUAAAGGUUGGUAACGCGGAGCUCAACUCCAAGGUGUGUGACAUCUUGCUGGAGCGACACAACAUCUACGUCCAGGCCAUCAAUUACCCGACAGUAGCCCGAGGCGAGGAGCUGCUGCGUCUGGCUCCCUCCCCUCACCACAACCCUGCAAUGAUGGAGUACUUUGUGGAGAGGCUCGUGGAGGUGUGGCAAGAAACGGGGCUCCUUCUGAACGGGCCGGCGACUGUCUCCUGCACCUUCUGUGAUCGCCCACUGCACUUUGACCUGAUGAGUGAGUGGGAGAAAUCCUACUUUGGCAACAUGGAGCCUCAAUACAUCACUGUGUCCGCAUAGUACAAAACUCCAUUCAUUAUACAUCAUUAUCAUCACAUCAUUGCUCUUAUUUCAUACCAGGUUUCAUUCAAACAACGUACAUAUUAUGUAGACUACACAUUUUAAUCUUAUCUCAUUCAGUAUUUAUUUUCUGUGUUUAUUGUUUCUAAAGUAACUUGCUAUCCCCAAAAUAUUUAAGAUUACAUUCAUAAUUCCGUGAACUAAAAUGUGUGCCCCUUUCACAUAGUGACUUAAAACAUAAAACCUGCACAUGGGCACUUUCUAAAAUAACAACUUAAUCUCAAGGUGAUAUUUUGGAUUGUAUAGAUUUCUAUAUCAAUUGUCUUGUGCUUUGGUCACCCGUAAUAGUGAAAGACCACAAUCAUGAGUUGUCUCACUGAAAUGUCAUUGAAACUGAAAAUAUGAAAUAGAAUCACUAUUCAACUUGAAUGUAACAAAUUGAAUGUAAAAAUAAAAAUACUGCUGUAGAAGCGAUUUGGUUUAUUACACAGGAAUUCAAAAAUACAAAAAAAUAAAUUGAAAUAAAACAAAAA